AUGCUAACUCGACAUAUUGAUAUACAGUUAUCGAAACAUGUGGAGCUUAUAGGUUUUGCGGAUGCUUCUCAAAAAGGAUACGCGGCAACCGUCUAUUUACGAGUAGUUGGCCAGAGCGAUGUUGUCAAGGUACAUUUUAUUGCAUGCAAAACUAAGGUUGCUCCAUUAAAGCUCUCAAAUAUUGACACUUCGUUAACAAUCCCGCGCUUAGAGUUAUGCGCUGCUUUACUGCUGGCACGUCUUAUUUCACACCAGUAUACAAUUUUACAGAAUUUUGCCAGAAUUGACCGUAUCCGUGCAUGGACUGAUUCUACGAUCGUUUUGAGUUGGCUUCACGCUGAUCAAAAACAGUUCAAAAUAUUUGUCACUAAUAGAGUUGCAAAAAUUAAGGCUCUGACUCCAACUUGUGAAUGGGCACACGUCAGAUCCACGGAUAAUCCAGCGGAUCCUGCUUCGAGAGGACUACUUCCCUCCGAAUUGAUUUCAAAUUCAUUACAUUUCCGGGGUCCUGAAUUUUUAUUUCAACCUGAUGAUCAUUGGCCCGUGUCUACCGUGUCAGAAUUGACGCUACCACCGAUAGAGCAAUUACUUGAGACUAGGUGUAUAACAAAUGUUUUACAUUUGCAUGAAGAACAAAACGGUGAGUCAAUUAUUCAAAGAUUUUCAUCACUAUCAAGAUUACAGAGAGUAUUAGCUUACUGCUUCAGAUUCAUUGACAAUUCGCGGCGACGACAAGUCAACUGUGGUCCAUUAACUUGGCGAGAAUGCGAACGUGCUUUAUUGUCGGCGGUCAAGUGUUCUCAAAAAAUCUAUUUUUCUGAACUUUAUCACAAACUGGUGAAUUCAAAAUCAAUAGUCACACCAACCGUCCUCGCACAUUUGGCUCCGUUUUUGGACGAGGGACAAGUCAUUCGAGUUGGUGGUCGAUUGAAAUAUUCAGCUUUAAAUACAGAUGCAAAACACCCGAUACUCUUGCCCAAAUCGUCUCAUCUUAGUCAAUUAAUUAUCCAACAUUAUCAUUUUAGUACGUUACACGGUGGAACUCGCCUAUUGUUGUCAUUGAUCCAACGCCGUUUCUGGAUUGUCUCCGGUCGCGCAGCAAUCCGACGUGUAAUAUUUAAGUGUAUCACCUGUGUCCGACACAAGGCUAAGUGUCCCCAGCCUGUCAUGUCUGAUCUACCAUCUUUCCGGGUCAAGCCACAUCGUCCAUUUAGUAAUGUUGGAAUGGAUUAUGGUGGACCCUUUGUAGUGAAAGAGAGUAAGCGUCGAAACGCCAAGAGUUAUAAGGCAUAUCUUGCUUUGUUCGUAUGCUUAUCAACAAAGGCGGUCCAUUUGGAAGCAGUUACAGAUUUGUCCACGGAGGCCUUUUUAGCAGCUCUAGAUCGCUUCGUGGCCAGACGAGGAAUUCCAUCGACCAUACGAUCAGACUGUGGCACUAACUAUGUCGGUGCAGCUCGGAUACUGAACAAUUUAUUUAAAGAUGCCACGGUACAAGACGUUUUACACGCCCGUAUCCCCUGUCAAUGGAUAUUUAAUCCACCUGCUGCCCCUCAUUUUGGGGGAAUAUGGGAAGCAGCGAUAAAAAGCGCGAAGUUGCAUAUGAAGAAGGUAAUCGGAUCUCAGAUUUACACACUGGAAGAAUUUAUGACAUUGAUCACCAAGGUUGAAGGAGUGUUAAACUCGCGACCAUUAGUAGUUGCGUCCAGUGACCCAAACGAUUUGUGCGCGUUGACUCCUGGUCAUUUUUUAAUUGGACAGCCGAUCAUGGAAAUUCCUGACAGUGACGUUACCGACGUACCCCAAAAUCGACUUCGCAGAUGGCAAUUGGUCAAACAGGCUACUCAAUCAUUUUGGACUCGAUGGAAUCGCGAAUACCUUCAUACAUUACAAAGCCGACAAAAAUGGUACUCCCAGUGCGCCAAUUUGAACGUGGGAGACAUGGUGAUUAUAAAUUCCCCCGCUCGCCCUCCUCUAGCCCGGCAAUUAGGUCGCGUGAUGGAAGUCCAUCCUGGACCGGACAAGGUAGUGCGAGUAGUCACAGUUAAAACGGCAGAGGGACUUUUAAAGAGGCCAGUAGUAAAGGUUGUCAAGUUACCUACCUCAGAAGAUGCAACCGAUCUUAACUGA